UGAACAGCUGUUUGCCGGCAUAACAAAUUAUAACUUUGUAGAAUAUUCGUGAACGAUUUGGUUUUAAUGCUUAAAUUGUAUUGAAAAGUCAUAGCAAUGGAAGAUAGUAACGAAGAGAUUGAACCCUGCCGCAGCAUUGGCCCGCACGAGUCGGACGCCGUGAAAAGUCAGGCGAUAAUAAAGCUGUCUCCAGUCCAGGUGCCUGCUCACUUCAAGCGCCUGGAGUGCAACACUAAUCUUAAUCUGCCGCCCCUCAACUGGCUGACCACGUCGCACAGUAGUCAUGGCCUGCAUCAAGCGUUGUAUCAGAGUGCGGGUUUUGCCAGCUUUCGCCUCGGUCAAAUGUUUCCCGACUGCGUGGGCGAGGUGGAUGUCGUCUCGGAUUCGGAGAACAUUAAACAGCUACUGAAACUGCCGUAUAGCGCUAAGAGCGCCAUCAGCAUGGUUGUCCACAAGGUGGGCAACACACUGCUGCUGGAUGAGUUCGAUAUACAAAAAUAUUUACUACGCAAAUCGGAUGAUGAUUGGAAAUGGCUGCGCACGUUUAUAUUGGAGCACAUUUUGGCCUACGAGGAUGAGCAGCAGCACAAUUUCUGCCUCAAGGAGCGUUCACGCGAGGCGUUGCAAACGAAGAAUCUUCUUUCGAAGUUUCUGUACCACAGUCUCAAGCAAACUGGCGAUGCUGAUAGCGAUGCACCCCAGUUGCUGACCAGCAGACGCACUGGUCUACCAAUAACUGGUCCCGUGCUGCCGGAGCCGAAGAUCGAGGAGAAUGUGCCCGAUCCGAAGUCGAGUCACGCCUUCAAUCGGAAUGUCGUGUGGACUUUCGAGGAUAUACGCAUGCUUAUCGGCACCGAUAUGCCUAUCUUUGGUGGUCCAAAUAGGCCCUGCAUCAGUUUGUGGCUUUGGGAUGCUGCUCAACCCAUUAAUGUGCUCACGGGCAUUGAUUACUGGCUGGACAAUCUGAUGUGCAAUGUGCCCGAGGUGGUCAUGUGCUAUCAUUUGGAUGGUAUUGUCCAGAAAUAUGAGAUCAUCAAGACUGAGGAUUUGCCCUAUCUGGAGAAUUCACAAUUCUCGCCGCAGGUCGUUCGCAAUGUGGCCCAGAAUAUUUUGGCUUUUCUCAAGGCGAAUGCAACCAAGGCGGGACACACUUACUGGCUGUUCAAGGGUCGCAAUGAUGAUGUCGUGAAGCUCUACGAUCUGACCACUCUCUGCCAGAAUCAGAAUAAAGCGGGUGAGAAAUCAGAGCGACCACAAAAACAACAGCAGGAAAUGAAUCCGUUCACGGUGCCCGUUGGCAUGUUGUUGUAUUCCGUGGCACGCAACAUGAAGAAUACGCUGGAGCAUAUAACGCCGAAGGCGGCGGGAAAUAUACGCGCAUUGCUGGACAACUGCAUCAAGCUGUUGCCCAAGGAGCAGUAUCCACAGAUUGUUAGCUCCUCACACUAUAUACUCUCCGAUUUGCAUGUGCCCGCCGGCAUUGAUCCCAAGGCACCGAAAUUCAAUGACUCACAAACUCUAUUCGAUGACGACGACAUUGAUGAGGAAGAUGAGGAGGACGAAGACGACGAGGAGGAGGUGGAGAGCUAUGAUAAUGAUGAGCCACCGCUUGAUUUUGGCCAUGACAAGUACUAUCAGAGCUCAGAGCAAAGCGGAGGCAAAGCCAAUGUUGCCGUGCGUCACAUUUGUGAUGCUCUGCGGGAUUUCAAGUCGCAUGCCAAACAACCCAAGCCGGCGCCUCUAAUCGCCAGCACUGUGGAUCGUUGCAAAAUCUCGCUGCAGCACAUCAGUGCUGGCAUCUCCUGUCUGCAGUACUUCAAUGACAAUCAGGAGGAGAAGCUCAAGGAGUCAGAGAUGCACGCCAAGGAGGAGGAAAAGGAGCGCAUCCUGCACGAAGAGCAAAAUCCCAAUAUGGCCAAACCCUUCAAUGCCAUACCGUUGCCGUAUGAGCAGCUCAAGAUUUUUCCGCCGGCAGCGCAGGCGCAGACCAAAAAGCAACCCACUAAGACUACGCGGAAGCGUGGCAAAUCCAAGGAACUGGUCACCACCACAAAUUGCCCUAAACCUGCAGCUGCCAGCAAUCAGCAGCUCAAUGCCAAGUUCAAUACUCAACACUUUGGCUCGUGGAAUGUGCAUCUAAGGUUGCUGCUGCUGGAGAAAGCUUGUCUCACCUAUGCCACGCUAGCGGAACACCAUUACGAGGCCCAGAUCUAUGGCUGUACGCUGCGUGCCAUCGAGCUGGCCUGUCGCUGCCAGCAGGUGCUCAACAAGUAUAUGGCCAACGUGGUCUCCCAGCAGAGCUGUCUGCUGGGUCGUGCCGGUGACUGUUUCUUUCAAAUCUCGAAGCAUUGGAGCGCCAUCGAGGAGUAUGUGCAGCAAUAUGAACAGUUGGAUGAGCCAACACGUGAAAUAUCCCUCGAGCUGGCACAGGAACUGGACGGUGUCGAGCUGCUCACACUGGCGCCCUCCAAGAAUGUGGAGCAGGUCAUGUUACAUAGCUGCAAAUGCUACGAAGAGGCGCUGGAGCACGCCAAGAGCGCGGAGAGCAAUGAGCUGUUGCGUCGCUUGGGCAACGUACGCAAUGAGCUGGGUCUCAAAUACAUGUACUCCGCUCAGGAGGAGUAUAGCCAAAUGAAACGCAAAAGGGAAGCAACCCAAACUAAGGGUGAAGAAUGCUCAAAGGCUGAAAAUGAUACUAAAACUGAGACUGUUGCAUCUGCCUCUGCAUCAGCGGAGCCGCUGUAUGUCAAACUGACUGUCAAUUCAUAUGACUGCCUGCGUCGCGGCAUUGAAGCCUUCACGGCAGUAGAGGAUAAUGUGAAUCUGGCCUUUCUCUACUGCAACAUGGGCAGAUUUAUGAGGCUGCGUGCUCAUCUCACCAUGCCCAAUGAGAGCACCAUUGCCUUGGACACACAGAAAACGUUUUAUAACGAGGCCUUCAACUACUACGAAAAGGCCAAGGAUUGCCUGGACACAAGGAAGGCCAAUGCAGAGCUGUGGGAUCUGGUGCAAUGGGAACUAUCGACGGCCACAUUUACGCUAGCCAAACAGUUGCAAGACAACAGUGCAGCCGAUAAGAGCAGCCUGGCCGAGGCAUCCAAGGAGGUGAUCGACUUGCUGCAGAAGUCGCUGCGGCUAUGCGAUGUGGAUCAUGCAGGCGCACGCCAAGUGCUUUAUAGCUUCCGCUCGGGCUUGAUACACAAGCGCAUUGCAUCCUUCCACUAUGCACAACUGCGUGGCUAUGGCGUUUCUGAUGUGUCGCAGCUGCCGAAAUCAACGCUUCAGUUGUGCAAAUACCACUACGAGAAGGCCACACAAAUACUGGAGAGUCUGAAGGAGGUGCGGGACUUGCUGGUGGUGCAAUUGGAGCGCAUCUCACUGCAUGAGUUUCUCUCGGAUGUUUCCAGUCACGCUGCACAGAAGGUGAAACAAAUGCAGGCGGCUUUAGAGAUUUGUUUGCAGUGCCAGCUUAUUUUUGGGCAUGUUAUCGAUAACAGUGGCAACGUUAGCGGCGACGAUGACGAUGAAUUUAAAGUGCAUUUGACUCUCUAUGAAAGCCGAUUGCAGAACGCUUUGAAAACGCUCAUCAAAUUGUUGCUAACGACCGGCAAGGAUCCAAAACAGCUGUCGGCGUUGUACAAGCGCAUGUAUAUGGAAACCUUGACUGGGAAACAUGGAUUAGGCGCACAGCAAACAGCAACAACGUCAAUUUCACGUUCACACCAUUUGCACACGCUGCUGACCCGGCUGAAAGCCAUGUGCGGCACUCAGCUGGCCAGCGACUAGAAUCAACUACUCAAGCGCUCUGCAGUACGUGUCGUCAACGAGUUUGAUAAAAAAAAGAAAAAGAAAAGAACAGUUCAAAUUUUGUAUACAUAUAUACAAUCGACCCGCCUUGUGUUUAUUGAUGUGUGUUUUCGUCUCUCGUCUCUCGAAUACGCUGCUACAAUUAUUGUUUAGCCCCGCCUUUGGCAGCGGCAAUCGUUCAUCAACUGCUUGGCAUCGGCAACACUGGCAAUAUGCUUCUCGAACACAACCACUGCCAGCACAAUGGCCACAUGUAUGAUCUGCUCAAAAAGAAAACAAGCCAUUAGCCUCAUCAAUCGAAGCAAUCGCUUAAACAUUACAAAUCACACAUCUUACCUUGAGCCACAUAGUACGCAUUUUGUGGGGAUUUAGUUUUCUGUACGGGCUGACGGGCGCGCUGCUCUUAUAAAGUCGCGUGGCUCCCGCCAGACGUGCCCCUCAUCAAGAUUAGAGAGCCCAGUGCACUGGGUGUGCGUCAAUCUUGGACUGCUUCUGUUGUUAAGUAUGUUGUUAAACAAGCUGAUGAUGCUUGAGUAAUCGAGAGUUAUAUUCUCAUUCUCACCCAAAAUGUGAGAGAAUUGUCUUAUUAAGUUUACGAUUAAUUUAAAAGAAACACUGUCAUAGUUUAUUACUCUUUGCUUGUUGAUUCAAAGAUUUAUCUUAAAGUUUUAAUUGCUCUCUCUUCAAAGUUAACUCACUGACUUACGAUAUGAUCUUCAAGUCUUUUAAUCCAAAAGUGUAAUUAGAGUAAAUUACCAAUCAAUACCAUUUCUAUUUCUAUUCCUUCUAUGCUAAAUAUAAUGAACUGAAUCUUAGACUUAAUGUGAAAACCUAUAAAUAAUCACAAUAUUUAUAUGCCAAAAAUAAUAAAAAUCCAUAAUAAUACUCAAGAAA